AUGGUCAAGGUGGCGGGAGGUGGAUUCUUGUCUACUUUGGGCCGUGCUAGAGGAGUCGAGAUCGAGAUUGCGGGGCAGUCAAUGCCAGCAGACUUAGUCAUCAGUCCGGUGGAGCUGUAUGACGUUAUUCUCGGGAUGGACUGGUUGUCACACUACAGAGUUCAUCUGGAUUGCUACAGAGGUAGAGUGGUCUUCGAGCGAGAUGCAGGGAGGUUGGUUUAUCAGGGAGUGAGACCGACUUCCGGGAGUAUUGUGAUAUCUGCUAUUCAGGCCGAGCAGUUGUUAGUGCGGGGCUGUGAGGCGUAUCUGGCGACGAUUUCUAUGUCUGAGUCAGGAGCUGGAGUUGUUAUGGGAGAUAUUGAGGUUGUCCAGGAUUUUGAGGAUGUCUUUCAGUCACUGAAGGGAUUACCACCAUCUCGGUCUGAUCCUUUCACGAUUGAGUUAGAGCCGGGGACAGCACCAAUAUCGAAGACGCCUUACAGGAUGGCGCCAGCUGAGUUGGCAGAGCUGAAGAAGCAGAUAGAGGACCUUUUGUCUAAGGGGUUCAUUCGACCGAGUGUUUCACCGUGGGGAGCACCGGUGUUGUUUGUGAAGAAGAAGGAUGGCAGUUUCAGACUUUGUAUCGAUUACAGAGGUCUUAACCGAGUCACUGUGAAGAACAGGUACCCACUCCCGAGGAUUGAUGAGUUGUUGGAUCAGUUGAGGGGUGCUACUUGGUUCUCCAAGAUUGACUUGGCAUCGGGGUAUCAUCAGAUCCCGAUAGAUGAGGCAGAUGUCAGGAAGACUGCUUUCAGGACGCGUUAUGGGCAUUUUGAGUUUGUGUCCGCACAUUUCUUGGCCAUCAAGAAGACAGAUGGAGCUGCUGUCUUGGCUAGGAAGUUUGUGCGAGAGAUUGUGAGGCUGCAUGGAGUGCCAGCUAGUAUUGUGUCAGACCGUGAUCCCAGAUUCACUUCAGAGUUUUGGAGGGCGUUUCAGGCAGAGAUGGGCACUAAGGUGCAUCUGAGUACAGCUUAUCAUCCGCAGACAGAUGGUCAGUCAGAGAGGACUAUUCAGACUUUGGAGGAUUUGCUGAGGAUGUGUGUGUUGGAUUGGGGUGGCCAUUGGGCAGAUCACCUGAGCUUAGUUGAGUUUGCAUACAACAACAGCUUUCAGGCGAGUAUUGGCAUGGCUCCAUUUGAGGCUUUGUAUGGGAGGCCAUGUAGGACACCCCUAUGCUGGACCCAAGUGGGGGAGCGCAGCAUGUAUGGAGCUACUUAUGUUCAGGAGACGACAGAGAAGGUUCGUGUUGUGAGGCUGAACAUGAAGGAGGCUCAGGACAUAGGCAGAAGAGUUAUGCAGAUAGACGCAGACGAGAGCUUGAGUUUCAGGUUGGAGAUAGAGUUUAUCUCAAGAUGGCUAUGUUGA